UGCCUCACCCAGCAGCAGCGAGGCAGGAGGGAGGUGCACACAGAGCCAGCGGCAGAGGUUUUGCAACUGCAUGCCUGCAGCCUGUCGAGCUGGGCUGAGCAGUGCCCGCCGCUGUGGGCAUGGCCCGCGUGGGAAGCCCUGAGCGCGCCCGGCCUCACCGUCAGCAGGGACUUGGCAGGCACAGGCCCCUCGGAGGUGUUCUUCACCUCGUCCCAGGCAUCAGGCGGCUCUGCAGCCUUUGAGGCUGCUUUCCGGCGGAGCCUAACAGGCCCAGGCGGUGACGGAGCCACCCGUGGGUGCCCCAGCCGACUGGGGAGAGACGGCCUCAUUCCAGCUCCGGGCUGGCAAGGCAGCCAGAUCGAGUUCCCACGGGGCGCGGUGGGCCAGGCUGGGCCGGCAGGCGCUGACAAGUGGAUCCUCCUCCCCGUGGGAGGCCGGAGGCUGAGGAGAUGGAGGAGCAGGUGUUCAAGGGGGACCCGGACACCCCCCAUUCCAUCUCCUUCUCGGGCAGCGGAUUCCUCUCCUACUACCAGGCUGGGGUGGUGGACGCCCUUCGAGACCUGGCCCCCCGCAUGCUGGACACGGCUCAUCGCUUUGCAGGGACCUCAGCAGGGGCGGUGAUCGCAGCCCUGGUCCUCUGUGGGAUCGAGAUGGAAGAGUACCUGCGCAUGCUGAACUUGGGCCUGGCCGAGGUGAAGAAGUACUUCCUGGGACCCUUCUCGCCGUCCUGCAGGAUGGUGCGGAUGAUGCGGGAGUUUCUGUACCGCACGCUGCCGGAGGACUCCUACAAGGUCACCACGGGGCGGCUGCACGUGGGCCUCACGCGCUUCGAGGACGGCGAGAGCGUGGUGGUGUCCGAGUUCACGUCCAAGGAAGAGCUCAUCGAGGCCCUGUACUGCAGCUGCUUCGUUCCCGUGUACUGUGGCUUCAUCCCCCCAACAUACCGUGGCGUGAGGUACAUCGACGGGGGCUUCACCAGCAUGCAGCCCUGCGCCUUCUGGACAGACUCCAUCACCAUCUCCACCUUCAGUGGGCAGCAGGACAUCUGUCCCCGGGACUGUCCGGCCAUCUUCAACGACUUCCGCAUGUUCAACUACUCCUUCCAGUUCUCCUUGGAGAACAUCACCCGCAUGGUCCACGCCCUGCUACCCCCGGACCUGGUGAUCCUACAAAAUUACUACUACCGAGGCUACGAGGACGCGGUCGACUACCUGAAGCGGCUGAAUGCUGUGUACCUGGAUUCUCCCUCCAGGAGAGUGAUCUUCCCAAGGGUGGAGGUGUACUCCCAGAUCCAGCUGGCCCUGGGCCCCAAGUUCCCCGAGUACGGCCAGCUGUGUCCUCGGAGGUCCUGGGCCCGGCUGGAGGAGCCUGCUCCACUCCACAUCCAGCAGGCCGGGAGGGACAGCUACCCACCUGUGUCCCCACCUGUGCAGACGCUCGAACCCAUGCCUGAGGGGCCCGUGGAGUCACCUGUCGCCUUGCCUGUCUCUUCACUCAAGCCGUCACCUGCUCAGCCACCAGCUGCAUCACUGCCACGUUUUUCAAGUGACUUGGCACCUGGGCGCCUCACCUGCAGCUCAACACCUGGCUCAUCGCUGCCUGUCGCACUCCCUGGGAAUCCACGUGUGUCACCCUGGCAGCAGGUGCAGCCAUCUAGAGUCCUACUCCACACAUUUGCAUCUGCAAGACCUUCAGCUGGCCCUGUUCCUCCAAUGUCAUUCCGACACUGUCCUUCAGGGUCACCAGCUCGGCCCCCUGUGGAGAUGCUGGGCCCAGAGCAGCUCCAAGCUCUCCUCACCUCUUCAAAUCCCAAAAGUGCCCCGGCUCUGACUAACGUGAAGGAAACUGCCAGCAAGUCCAACGUGAUGGAGAGCCCCGCUGCAGACUUGAACCGGACUACCAAGGCGCUCAAGAGGAACAAACAAAAGACAGGCAGCUCCCGGAAAGGCUUCCCCAGACAACCUCGGCCCAGGAAACCGAGUGGCAAGGCGCAAGUCUUGUUUUGUAGCCCAGGCUGGCCUCAGACUUGUGGUGAUCCUCCUGCCUCAGCCUCCCCAGUGCUGGGAUUACAGGUCUGCGUCCUGCACGCUGGACUUGGCUCUGCUGUCCGCCCCUGGGACCGUGUGGGUCACCUGCAGGCCUCACCCCAGCCGGAGCCAGGCGUAUGGCGGCCCUGAGGAAGCUGUGAGGCAAGAGAGAAUACCCGUGCUGGACCAGGAGAGAACGUGAGAGGACCCGAGGGCUUGGGGACCUGGGGACCAGAGACCAGAGGAUGCGGGACCGGGCGUCACCUGGAGGAUCUCAGUCAUCCUCCCAGCCAGGCCUGCGUGGGUGACACCUGCCGCUGCCCGUGGUGACUAGGACUCAGGUCCUGAGCAGCUUCUGUCUCCACAGUCUCUCUGCCUCCCCAGCCUGCUGGGGUCCGGACGCCCUGCCCAGACGCCCCGUCCCGUUGGACCAGAGGUGUCACCUCCUCCUCCCCUGGACCAGGGGCAAACCUCAGGCAGCCAAAGACACCCUGUGCUGUUCCCCAGUGUCCAGAGACCAAGUUCCUCUUUCAGUUUGUUUUUUAUUCUCUCGGGGUGCCCAAGGGUGCACUGGGUACCGCCAGAGUCAGCCUGGCACGCAGCCUGGACCUCCGGGUCUUCCAAAGCCCCCCAAGAUUCCGCAGUGAGGAGGCUCGGACUUCCGGAGUCUGGCUGUGCUUGUGCAAAAUGCAAAGCCGCAGGACCUCAGAUGUCCCCUCCCAGGCACCGCUGGGGGACAGCAGAUGUGUGCUGUCCACGCCUCAGUGAAGAUGGUCCAGGAGAAAGGCGUCUUCAGCCUCGAUCUCUCCAGCCUGGCUAGGAAAAGAGGUGCCCUCAGCCUCCUAGAGAGAGGAGAGGCUCCCCACACCCCAGCCUCAUUUGCUUAACAAAUCCCAGGAUGCAAACUCCAGCACCCUGCUGGAAGGCAAAGCAGCUGGGGGAGCCCGCAUUUAACAGCGAGCAGGGGACGAAACGGACAUUGAGUGGGAGGCCAGCAGCUGAGGGUUUGCAGGUGGGGACAAGGUGGGACCCCGGGUGACCCCUGCUGCAGGCCUUUGGAAUCCCUUGUGGAAGAGAGAGGGAUCCCGUCUUAUUCCCGGGAGCGCAGGGGACUCGAACUCACUAAUAAUUAUCGCCUCCGGGCAGAACCUACGCUUUUACUGUUGGUUCAGUUACAAGGAUCAGUAAAUCCCCUGUGGAUGUCUCUGAAUUCUGGUUAAUUUCCCAUGUUUUGAGGUAAUUAAGAAGAUUAUUCUUGCAUUCGUUCCAGAUGAAACACAGGACAUCUUGUUCAAUUGGAAUUUUAGAUAAACACUGAAUAAUUGUUUGUAUAGAAGAAUGUCCCUUCAUAUUGCAAUUCUUUGUUGUUUAUCUGAAAUUCAGAAUUAAUUGGGCUUCCCAUAUUUGUAUUUGCUAAAUCUGCCAGCCCUAGCUGGUUUCUCUCUCUCCUUUCUCUCUGUAUCUCUCUCUUACUCCCUCUCUUGAUCCCUCCCUUCCCUUACCGGGGAUUGAACUCAGGGCCUUUGCACUGAGCUAUGUCCCCAGCCCUUUUUUGAAAUGGAGUGGUGCUGAGUCACUCAGGCUGGACUUGAACUUCUGAUCCUCCUGCCUCAGCCUCCCAGAGCACGGAGAGCACAGGUGUUCCCCACCCACUGGCUUCUCGAUCUUUUCUAACCAACAAGCCCUAUCAGUGUUUGGGUGACUGCCAUGAGCUUAGCAUGAGGAGGCCUCACUAGUGCCAAGGGCAAGGCCAGAUGCUGGCCUGUUCCCCAAAGUGGGUCUGAGAGACGCCCACGCCUCCCACUCAGCCAGCUGGAUCAUCUCUGACUUCUCAGGGGACAGCGUGAGGUUGUGUUAUGGUGUCCUGCACCCAUCUUUCAAAAGGCUAUUAAAGCACCAGGGUCUCCCACACCCAGUGCUCCCACAAAGUGUCCGCUGGGUAGGUGCAUGUCUCCUCUGCAAGAUGAGGCAUAGGACGCCAUCCCGAGCUCCUCCACGUGUGACGUGAGCCUUCAGAACUGGGACCGAGGUGUGAAAAGCUGACACCGAUGUCCGGGGAGUGCAGAGGGCGUCUUCCGCCCCUUCCCACCGGGGACUGUUUUCCUGACCAUCUGCUGUGUUCUGGCAAUUUCUACCCUGGUUUUGAGGGCAGAAUUUGGGACCAGAAUUUGGGGACUAUUAAAUCAGUACUGGUCUCAGAUUGGGGGGGCUUAUAAUGAGCCCCCACCUGAGAGUCACAGCGCUCCCAAACAUCAGUCUGGGAGGACAAGCAUCUAUCUGUCCCCACAGUCAUCACCCAAACCUGGGCCACCUGACACCCAAUCUGAGACUUUUUCUUUCUUUCUUUCUUUCUUUCUUUCUUUCUUUCUUUCUUUCUUUCUUUCAAUUUCUUUCUUUCUUUCAAUGUCUCAGCAAUUUGUCAACCCACGGGUGGGAAACGUGGACAGGGUCCGGAUGGGGCCCGGGAGGCGGAGCCCACAGCCCUGCAGGUGCCGAGCUGUCUGGGGUGCGCCAGGGGGACAUGAGUCUCGCCUCCAUCAGGAUAACACAGCUCACACCUGUGCAGGCCCAUUUCUUUAUUACUCAAUAACAUGGUUUAAAAAAAAGUGAGACCCGGAUGCCAGCAUCGGGGACUUGUUCAGCCUAAAGCUCAUCACUGCAAUAAGAAAUUACACAUGAAAGGUUCCUGACCUCUGUCAAAGGAACUCCACGAUCCUGACCCCUGUCUGGAAUAACCCGAGAGGAGAGCAGCCCUGCCCAGUCUGCAUGGGUGGGCAAAGCUAACGGACCUCCGCUCUUGCCCUCACUUUUGUGCAAAUACAAAAAAAAAAAAAAAAAAAAAGACCCUUUACUGCCCCCAGCUGGGAAAUUGUCAUUAUGAGUUUCUAGACCCCAUCUCCCGCGAUGUGACAGUGCCUUUUAGGGUACAGGGCUUUUAUGCAGCGCAUGCCAGGCUGCUGUCCAUGGAGGUCCGCCACAAGCCCCCUCUCCUACUUCCUGCUCUAAUAAAAAUAACCUAACUGUA